AUGCGUGAGGUUAUAAAUGGUAUUCCUGAGCUUUUGUACACAAGAGCGGAAGUCUUGAUGAUUUCCUUCAUUGGACCCUUUAUGAAAAUGAUGAUUGAUGAAUUUGGUCACGAAGAUAAUUUGAUCCAUUUCACUAGAGACAAACAAUGUUGUUCAGUUCUAUUCCCCUUGCAUAAUGACGGUAGAUUAUCAACUGUUGAACUAGAGAAUGGUCAAGUCUUAUUACAAUUAUAUAAAACACAUAUUGGAUCAAAUGCUGCUCCAUUCAAUUACAAUAAUUUAUAUCCCAAAUUGAAAUUCCCUGUGGAAAGUAAAGAGGUUUGUUUGAAACUAGGUGAGCUAACAGAAGCUGAAUGCCUAGGUAAAAGUGAAUUAUACAUUAGAUCAAAUAUGUUAUUCUUUAAUUUUUAUACUGGUUUUGAAAGAACAUACAAUUACAGAGAAAAGGAAAAGGUACAAAAGACCCUUCAGAAUAGGGCAAGAAACCAUGUUGAUCAUAACACUGAAUUAAUGAGAAAGUUCAUUCAUCAAGUAUUGAUUCGUAAGCUCUUUGAUGAAAAGGUUCAAAAAUUCAAACUCAGACAACAAGAUGAAGAAGAAGAUGAUGAUGGUUUGGCUUAUGAUAUUGAUGAAUUAGAAAUUGCUGAUUAUCCAGAUCCAGACCCUUCUGUAUUAUUAGAACCUGAAACAUCCAAACUCAAGAAUAAAGUAAAGAGAAGUAAUGAUCAAUCUGAAGCUGAGAGAGUUCAACCUCAAAUAGACUAUCCAGAUAUCCCGAUUGGAGGAAGAAGUUCACCACUAUUGAAUUCAAGGUCUGUGUCGCCAUUUGGUCGAACUUGA